UAAAUAGAUAAAAUAUUGGCGUUUAUAAAAACAUAUGCAAAUGGCAAGGCGGCCGUGGUCUAGGGUUACUCCUAGUGGUUAUUCCGGCGAUGCGUCUCGCAUGCCGGUCGACGAAGAUUGAGCGGUACACAAUAUCCAUACGAUGAGUGCACUAAGUUGGAAUUGCAGAUGGCUAAAUAAUCCGGCCGCAAUCCGGUGCUUAACCGACAUAUUGCACGCUCACAGGCCAUCUAUCGUCUUCCUGAAGGAGACAAAAGUGCGUUGCUUAAGGGCGCAAGAGAUAUUGCAUCAUCGUUGGUAUUCACAGAGCUCUGGGACGGACACUGAUGGGGAAAGCAGUGGUCUCGUGAUAGCAUGGAGCGAUGAUGUUGAGCUUAACGUGGUGGGCAGCAGUCCGAAUCACAUUGAGUGCAAGGUUAGGCUAUCGACAUAGGAGCGCAGUGGUGGAGGCUAACUGGUUUCUACGGCUUCUUAGAGACAAGAAGGCGUCGAGAGGCCUGGGAACUCUUACGGAAUUUGGCAGAGGAGCAGAGUCUUCAUUGGUUACUAUUUGGGGAUUGCAAUGAUAUUUUGUAUGAGUCCGAGAAGAAAGGACGAAUUCCGCACCCGACCUGGAGAUUGCUGGGUUUUUGUGAGGCUGGUUUUGCUAGUGGGCUUAGAGAUUUUCCAUUCGAUGGAUAUCAAUGGACGUGAGAAAGAGGCAGAGGUUCAAAUUUUCGGGUGGAAGAAAAGUUGGACCGAAUUCUUGUGAAUGAUGACUAGUGGAACAUGUUUAUGUCAUCCCAUGCUAUGUUGGUGGAGGCUCAUGCUAGCUAUCAUAUGGCCUUAUGAAUAAAAAUCCUACCAACUUCACCGCAUCAAUGCCGAAAGGGGUUUAAAUUUGAAAAUGGUUUGCUAAGUCAGGAGGAUUGUCGUACGGUAGUCACAAAUAGUUGGGGGGCUAGCACCCACUUGUCUAUUAGCGAUAUAAUUUCUUUAUGCGGAAAGGAGCUUCUCAGAUGGGACAGUGGGAGAAGAGAAGGAUUUAAACAUCAAAUCCAAGCUUGUAAAAGAAGAAUAAAGUGGCUACUGGAUAAAAUUGAUAGCAGAAGCGUGGCAGAGUUUCUGCGUGUGAGAUCGGUUCUAGUAACGUUGAUGGAAAAGGAAAACCUCUUCUGUAAGCAACGUGCUAAGGAAUUUUGGUUAAAAGAAGGAGACAUAAAAUCUCGAUUCUUUCAUAACGUAGUCAAACAACGAAGAAGGAAAACUAAGGUGACCGGCAUCAUGCUAGCCAACGGGACGUGGGCCACACAAAGGCAAAACAUGGGGCAGACCAAUCUUGAGUAUUACAGUAACUUAUUCCAGGCCGGGGCAAAAAGAGACAUACCGGAGGAGAUGGGGAACGUGACAAGGGUCACCGAAUCACAUAAUAGGAGGUUGCUUAGACCGAUAUGUCAAGAGGAAGUUAGAUCGGCAAUUUUUGGGAUGCUUCCGAUGAAAUCACCUGGGUCAGAUGCUAUGAAUCCAACAUUUUUUUCUGGGACAUUGUGGGCCCCGAGCCCCCGAGGAGAAACCAGUCAUUAUGGGAGCUCGAGACCAAUAGCUUUGUGCAAUGUGGUUUAUAAAUUUUUUUCAAAGGUCUUAGCUAGCCGGCUGAAGGAAAUAUUGGGUUCUCUCAUUGGGGAAAAUCAAAGUGCAUUUAUUCCAGGAAAGUCUAUAGUUGAUAAUAUUAUUGUGGCAUUCGAAACCCAACAUUUCUUAAAACGGAAGUGUUAUGGUAAAGAGGGUUUUGUUACUCUUAAGCUGGAUAUGAGCAAGGCCUACGACACGGUUAAUUGGUUCUUUCUUAAAGAUAUCAUGCUUAGAAGGGGAUUUGAGGAAAGAUGGGUGAAUAUUAUCAUGCAGUGUGUGUCCAACGUGAGCAAUUAUGUGAAAUUUGAUGGGGAUUAUUUGGGGCCAAUUCAUCCAGGUAGAGGACUCCGUCAAGGCGAUCCUUUAUCCCCGUAUCGGUUAUUCUUGUAGCUGAUGGACUGAGUGCUAAGGGGACAUCCAUGGUGUUACGGUUUGUGGGGGUGCACCGAAAGUCACUCAUCUGCUUUUUGCGGAUGAUAGUUUUCUUUUCUUUAAAGCUUCUAAUAAUGAAUGCAGUGCAGUCAAAAAUAUAUCGCAAGUGUCCGAAAGUUGCUCUGGAUAAGCUGUGAAUUUUAACAAGCCUACUUUAUCUUUUAGCCAGAAUGUGGGGGAAACCUUUAGAGAGUACUGCAGCCAGAGCCUCGCUGUGCCAAAAGAUAGCGGACAUAAUCAGGAUCUUGGUCUAUCGGCCCUUGUUCGAAGAGGUAAAACUGCUAUUCUUGGAUAUUUACGAGACUGAUUACUACUCGAAUUAAAAAUUGGAAUAAUAGAUUCCUAUCAAGAGCGGGGCGAGCCGUUCACUUUGAAAUGUUAUUCAGGCAAUGACCAUGUAUGCGAUGAAUCUGUUUCUUCUUUCAAGGGAAUUGUGUGAUGAAGUGGAGAAAUUAAUGAACGGGUUCUGGUGGAAGGGGUCCAAAUUUGACCAGAAAGAGUUAAGGUGGAGGCGGUGGGAGUUGUUAUAUAAGCCAAAAAGUGUAGGGGCACUGGGGUUCAGAAGACUUAGAGAGUUUAAUUUGACUAUGCUAGCCAAACAGGGUUGGAAGUCAAUAACGGAUAUUGAGAGUUUGAUGGGGUGGGUACUUGAUGCUCGCUACUUCUCAAAUACUAGCUUCUUGCAAGCAAAAGUGGGAAUACUUCAUCUUUUAUUUGGCGAAACAUAUGAGAGACUCAAUUGGUGCUUGAAAGGAAUGCUAGAUGAAGAGUUGGCAAUGGCAGGGAUAUACAAGUAUGAGCUGACGCUUGGCUACCUAGACCAGGUACAGGGAGGAUUCAAUCUCAGAGAUCGACAGCAAUUUUUAACAUGAAUGUUGCUGCUCUGCGGGACUACUCAGGGAAAAUUGGGAAGAGGGAGAGAAUCUUAUCCAUAUUCAAUAAGGAGGAUAGCGAUCGGAUAUUGAGUAUCCCAAUUAGUCUUCAUGAUAGACGGGGGGGGGGGGGGGGGGGGGGGCAUUGCUGGACAGGGGAAAAAGAUGGGCGUUUCUCGGUCAAGAGCUACUACCGUGCGUUGGCGAAUUGCCCGGAUAAUGGGGGCUGGUCUGGAUGGGCAGCUCUGUGGGAGCUGAAUAUUCUCCCAAAGAUCAAAUAUAUGGUUUGGCAGGUGCUCGAUGAGUCUUUACCUUCGCUGGAGAAUUUAUACAGACGUGGGGUGAAGUUACCAACGGAUUGCAAACUGUGCGGUGAAGCUCUGGAAUCCACGGAUCACGCUCUCAGGUCUUGUGAGAGACCCCGCAAGGUUUGGAAGUCGGUUGGAAUUGAGUUGGGCAACCAGGAUGAGUUGUUGGAUGAAUGGCUCCAUAAACACAUAGAGGGCCGUGCAAGGAAGGGAGGAGUAGAUUUGUUAUGUUACUAUGGAGCAUAUGGAAGACGCGUAAUAGCCUAGUUUGGAAGGACGAGUGGCUUGAUUCGGCGGCAGUAAUAAAUGGGGCGGCAGGGAUGCUGUCUUCUUGGAGAGAGGCUCAAGGUAUGGGAGCUAAACUGAAAACAGGGAAUGUAGGAAGAUGCUAUGUGGGUCCGACCUAGGCGUGGAGCGAUCAAAAUUAAUAUUGACACUGCUAUUAAUAUGCCAGGGAAGAUUAGAGAUUGGGGAUGGAUAGCACGGAAGGAUGAAGGAGAAUUUCUUAAAGCGGGUGGAGGAUUUAAGAAGGCAAGGUGGUCACCGGCGGAAACUGAAGCAAUCAACAUUAGAGAGGCCAUUGGAAUAGCUAGCAAUGAAGGAUAGAAUGAGGUGAUUAUCGAGAUAGAAGCCCACGCAGUCGUACAGGUGAUUAAGAGAGGGGAUGUCAAUUCCCACACAGAUUCGGCUGUUACUUCUAACAAAUAGAAAUAUUAGUAUCUCUUUUUGUAAACGGUCCGCGAAUCGUGCAACCCAUGCUUUAGCUCGGGCUCAUGUGUUUAUCUCAGAUCAGAGUAGUAGUUUUAUAAUUAUUCCUGAUUAUCUUGUAAGUCAGGUGGCUAACGAUAUGAUUUUAUGAUAGUAAUGUCAGACUUUCGUUAAAA